CACUAUGGGCAUCACACGUGAUAUGUCUUUUCCUAUGUCCCCCUCCACUGGUCAACGUCGCGCAGUUCUGACACCGCAGUUCUAAGUCAUUGUCAACUACCAAACGGACAUCCAUGACCGCAAUUCUCUGCUCUCUGACUCUACGUGUUAGCGUAUAAAAAGCCUACAGAAAUGCCAGUAUUCCUCCAGACCAAGCUCAGCAUCUUCGUCUACUACCUGCUUGAAUUUUCAUCGCCAUGCGUUUCUCACUCGCUACUCUCAUCCCUCUCGCUGUGCUCGUCGCCCCCGUGCUCUCCGGUACGGUCAAGGCUGAACACAAGGGCGAGCACAAAGGCAAUGGCGAACACCACAAAGGAGACAAGCACGUCAAGGGACACCACCACAAGGGACGAGAUGACUCCAACAGCAUGGAUAACACUUCCUGGAAGCCUACUUGGACUUGGCCUGGGAACGGCAAGCAGUGUCCUUCGGACGUCAAGAAGGACUGCCCUUGUUUGACCGAUACCGAGUGCGGAUUCAAGUGCCCUCAACAGUGGCCCGACACCAAGGCCACUUGGGAGCCAGUCUUUGAGAACAAGAGUGACUGGAGUGGAUGGAAGUCGGGAAAGUAUACCCCCGUUACUACUGGGUACGUUUCCAAAGAUACCUUUGAGAUCGACUGCAAGAACCUUUGCUUGGCUCAUGAGAAAUGUAACUCUUGCCAGGCGUUCUCGCUCGAGGAAGUCGCUGAAGAGUUCAUUUGUGCGCUCUUUGAGGAGAUCAUCGAUAUGUCGACUUGGGAGGAGGAUUGCGAUGAUGACAAGAACGGCAAGAAGUACUACGAGACUUCUUGCUGGAACUCCAAGUCCUAGACUAGGAGUGUGGUGAUAUAUAUCAUGGAUAUCCAAGGACUUUUUGUAAUAUUUACAUCCAGCGCAAUCAAAUUGGUCAGUCGUAGAGUGCAGCUGUGGUUUUCC